ACAGAGAGGACAUUACAUGUCAGGAUAUACAAAGAUGGAAGCCAAAAGUAACUCCCAGCUCCUGGUAUCGCUGAUGCUUCUUAGUGUCUUCUGCUCACAAACACUGGCAUUACCUCUUGAAACAUAUUCUACCAUGAGCAGGCUGGGCAAUGGCAUGCUGUUUGAUGGCCCCAAUGAACCUGACCAAAAUCUAGGUUUAUUAAAUGUGGAAAAUGAUCGUCUGGAAAGUUCAUUACCUGAAAAUUACUUGGCUUUUUUGGAUGUUCCCAGAGCCUUGAACAAAAAUAGCAGACAUGUUAAGGGGAUGUACACCAAUGAUGUUAGCAAAUCCUUGGAGGAACUUGCUGCUAGACAAUUCAUUAAAUAUCUUAUUCAUAAAAGAGAAGGCAGGAUCAGUAUGCUAGAAAAGCGUCACUCUGAUUCAGUCUUCACUGACAGUUACAGCCAGUUCCUGAGGAAGGAGGCUUUGAAGAAAUACUUGGAAAAAGUUUUGAAUGGAAAGAGAAGUGAAGAAGAUAAUCCCAACCUAGAACGCUGAAAGUCAUGCUUGCAAAGUAGAGCUGAUGCAUUGCUUCCUAAUGAAUUCUUGAAAGAAAUCUAUGAUGAACAAAUUGACUAUUUUUUGAGUUCUACAUAAAUCUAUCAAAGAAACAUCUUCAAUAUCAAAACCAAAACAAAUAUAUGUUGUAGUGAAAGUUGUGGUUUAUUUGCUUCUCAUGUAAUAAAAGUGGUGUUUACACUGUAAAUAUCAUUUUAGAGAUCUUUGCCUAAAUUGUGUAUUCGAAUCAGAAAACCCUAUGGCUUCAUAUGUUAUGUAUCCUUUCUUUUAAUAAAUGCAUUGAAAAAAGAA